AUGGACCAGUCUGAGAUUGCCCCUCCUGCUAAGCGCGUGUUUCCGCCAUUGUAUGUAUCGACCGGUGACGCGUCCAUCGAUAGGCUUGCGUUCUUCCACGUGCUAGAAAGAUUAAAGACUCAAAAGCGCACAGGAUGGGUCGAUAACAAGAUCCCAAAUGCAGAGAGUAUAUCAGACCAUAUGUACCGCAUGGCUAUACUCGCCAUGUGUACGUCUGACAGCAUGCUCGAUGUUUCCAAAUGCGUCAUGAUGGCUGUCGUGCAUGAUCUUGCUGAAGCGCAAGUGGGUGACAUCACGCCUCGAGAAGGUACUUCGAAACAGGAAAAACGGCGCUUAGAAGCGGAAGCGAUGCAUAAUUUUGUGCAUGAUAUGCUCCAUGGCUCUCCAGCAGCGCUGCGAAUCGAAGCCCUCUGGAACGAAUACGAGGAAGGAGAAACGAACGAAGCGAAGUUCGUCAAAGACCUUGAUAGACUGGAGAUGGCGCUGCAAGCACGCGAAUACGAAACGGCGCAUGCACUGGAUCUUCAGCCUUUUUUCGACUCCAGUUUGCCUCAUUUGCGUCAUCCAGAGAUCAAGCGGUGGGGUGAGGAUUUGGCGCGGACUCGCUCGCGCUAGCUGGAUUUGGUUGAUAUAAGGAACAAGGAUUCCCCUUCGGUCGGCUCUACGACAAUACAGUGUUGGCAGUAACCACUCAGGAAAUACUAUAUUAGCAUCGUCUGCAAAUAGACAGUGUCUG